AUGCCCCACAAGAGUAAAGGAGCGACAUCGACUGGACAAAGAAUGAUCUUUACAGGUCCGGAUGGUGUCGGCAACUACAGGCCGAGGCUCCAUCAGUACGUGGGUGUGGGCUCGCUGUCCCCCGAGGCUACGGGCGACCUCACCUACCUGACACGGGCCGCACCGCACGCCCCCCCACCUCUGCCCAAACAUGCCUUGGUGGGCGAGGUGGGCUGGGGCUGGCAGUACAACCAGCUGGUGAACAGUGACACCUUACAUAGCGGCAUGCAGAUUAAGAAAACAGACGUUCGAAUUGCGCUGGAAGACCAAGCGAGCCACAUGUUCCAGCCCCAGCAAGAGAAGAGAAAGGCUGGGACACAAAAAUCCAAAAACCAAGUCUGACAGGCGAUCGGGGAUGUGUCCAGUUUUAUCAAGUCACCAUAACAUUAUGCAAACAUGUUUUGAGGCGUA